AUGCAGCCCUCACGUCAUCCCCUCCCGCGUCACACCUGGGUUUGGUGGGCCAUGCUGGCCUGCGUGAUUGGUGGUCCCCUGGUCAUGCUGGAGAAGACGGGGUACCUGGAGACCUGGGAGGCCACGGAGCGCUACACACUGGCGGUGCUGGCCUUCUCGGCCGCGCACCCCAUCUCCGUCCCCGGCGAGGCCCCCGCCGAAGACGAGGCCGCGCACGCGGCGGCGCUCCGGGCCCUGGACCGCCGCCUCAUCGCCUGGCACCGCGACCUGGACGCCCUGUACGACCGCAUCUGCGCCAUGGCCGUGGUGUCCACCCUCACCGACCCUGGCGCCUCCGUGUCCCUCACCUACGACCGCCCCGCCGGCGUGGGCCAGCGCGCACUUAAGCGCGAGUUCCACGCCAAGCGCGACGCCUCCAUCCUCCUCUACCUGGCCCUCACCGCGGCCGUCUACUUCUCCAACAGCGUGCUCCUGGCCUCCCUGGUCCUGGUCCUCAACGUGCUCAACCUCCUGCUCUGCUACAGGAUCAAGGGCAUGUCGGACGCGCUGGCGGUCACCGUGCAGCAGCUGGACGAGGUGGUGGGGCAGCUGGUCGGCUGGCCCCUGCCGGCCGUGCCCGCCGCCGGCCACGCGGCCGCCACCUCCCUCCUGCUUGCCAAGCUGGCCGCCCUGGCGCGGUACUGGCAGGGCACGGAGCUGGGCAUGAACGUGGCGCUGCCAGGCGUGGGCGCGCUGGCGGUGAGCGUGAACAUCAUGGGCUCCAUUGCGGUGGCCACCACCUUCCGCUGCGUGGUGUCCGUGCUCACCGUCUUCCACCCUGCCCUGGCGGGCAUCAGCAUCCGGGCCAUGCUGGCCUGGCUCUUCGCGUCGGCGGGGCGGUACAAAUUGACACCGGCGAUGGUGGAGGGGACCAACGCACUGCCCAAGGGCGUGUCGGCGCGGGACUGGGGGCCCGAUGAUUGCUGUGAGGAGGAGCAACCAAAGGACAAGGACAGCUGA